CACUCUGAUGAUUAGCCGGCAUUUUAAUUCAAUCAGAUAAGAUAGUUCUUGCUUUUAUACUUUCGUUUUCUAUUAAGCAAAUUCUUUAAACAUUUUUAAAAUGGCCACUUACGAGGAAGUUAAGGACAUUCCCAACCAGUCGGACAAAUAUUUAAUUGAUGUGCGCAACAAGUCAGAGCGAGAGGCAGGAACUUUACCAGCUAGCAUUAACAUUCCUAUGCCUGAUUUGGAGAAUGCUUUGAACUUGAGCGACGCUGACUUUGAGAGUAGCUAUGGUCGGGCAAAGCCGUCCACUGAUGCCGUCGUCAUUUUCUCCUGCAAGGCUGGAGGACGUGCUGCUCGUGCCGCCAAUUUGGCCAAGACUCUGGGCUUUACCAAUGCCAAACCGUAUCGUGGUUCGUGGACAGAAUGGGCACAAAAGGAGGGCAAAUAAAUUAUUAAUUGUGAGCCCAAAAAAGGCGAAUAUAAAAACAAUUU